AUGAAUGAACUGUUUGAGGAUGAAGCAGGCUACGCAGUCCUGGACCCAAUUUUGUUCGGGGACUAUUGGGCCGCGGCUAGUGAGGAGGAUGCACGACUUUACGAGGACAUGCAAGACUAUGAAGUGUGCAAAGCGGUGGUGGAGGAGCUGCUGUUCAACUAUCGUGAAACCGAGGGUAACAUUGAUGUGGUUUUGUUCAACGAUGCACUGGAACAUCUGGGUGCGAUUCAUCGUAUUCUUCGUCUCGACGGUGGCAAUGCCCUGCUGGUAGGGGUCAGCGGUUCGGGUAAGAAGUGUCUGGCUCGACUCGGGGCCUAUAUUGCCAACACAAAAACGUUCGAGGUGGUGCUCAGACGAGGUUACGGGGAGAAUGAGUUUCGUGACGAUUUGAAGAAACUCUACACCAGCAUGUCCUCAAAUAAGUCCGACUACAUGUUCUUACUUUGCGAUGAACACAUACGAGACGAAUGUGAGUCUAAGAAACUGGUGGGGAACCCAAUGGUUGCAUUGAUUGAAAACUCGUUUGUGUUUGAAAAGAAUGAUUACAAUUGGAGGAAAGGGGGACGACGACAGGGUCCUUCUCGUUUACCAGUCUAA